CUCGCCCCUCCCCCCCCCUGCGGCCUCCGCAGCGUCCGGGUGGGGGUGGGCGAUUUGGGUCUGGGGUACCCCUCCCCCGAGACCCUGGUGCUGCGCUACUGCGGGGGGGGCUGCCCCGCGCCCCCCACCCUGCACGCGCUGGCGCUGCGGGCGGUCUUUGGGGAGGGGUCUCCGGAAGGGGAGGGGUCGCCGGGGGUGAAUUUGGGGAGGGGGCUCGGGCCCUGCUGCCGCCCCACGCGCUACGAGGACGCCGCGUUCCUGGACUCGGCCAUGAGGUGGCGGCGGCUGCCGGGGCUGAGCGCGGGGGCGUGCGCGUGCCUGGGCUGAGACCCCUCCCCUAAUUAACCCUGGGGCCCGAGACCCCUCCCCUAAUUAACCCCGAGAGCCCUGAACCCCCCUGAGCCU